AUCCAGCCUCUCUCGUCACGUCAACCCAUUCGAAACCCUCAGCUCCUCUGGCGUGAAACCUCGUUUCUGGCAUCCAGACUACCUCUAGCCCGUGUGUGCAGAUCUGGCCGAUCGCAAUCGUUAAGGGCUCUUCAAGCCAUUCUGAUCAUUUCGUUCACUAGAGAUCGUCUGGUUUGAAGAGAGCGCUUAAUUGCGACUCCGGUUUGCCGUAUGAGAUCAAGUAAAACCAUUCGAGCAUGGCUCUAACACAACAGGGAAGAUCUAUCCGGGAUUCAGACGAUUUUCCUGCCUGGCAAUUGUUCGUGCUCGGUAAGCCCCGCGUCUUGAAAACAAAAAGGCCGAUUGCUCGCAGCAAAUGCGACUGACGACGUGCCCUUUCAGCAAUUGUCAGGCUAGCAGAACCUAUCGCAAUCACAAGCAUACUUCCAUACGCUUGGAAACUCGUACUCCACUACGAUGCAGGUACUCACGACGACGCUGCCUUCUGGACCGGCAUUCUUAUUGCCGCCUUCUCGUUAGCAGAGGCCUUGACUGGGUUUUUCUGGGGCUCGUUGUCUGAUCGUAUUGGACGCCGCAAAGUGCUCAUUUCGGGAUGUAUUGGAACAUGCAUCUCGCUCUUUGUCGUAGGAUUCGCCCAGAACUUCUGGAUGGCGCUGGCUGGCCGCAUUCUGGGGGGGCUCCUAAACGGCAAUGUCGGCGUGAUUCAGACCUGUGUUGGUGAAUUAAUCACGAACCCAAAGCAUGAACCAAAAGCCUAUGCUGUCCUCCCAUUCGUCUGGAGCAUUGGCACAAUCCUAGGACCUAUGAUUGGAGGCAUUCUGUCGGAGCCUGCUCUCCACUACCCAGACGUAUUCUCUCCUCAAGGUGUCUUUGCGCGAUACCCUUUUCUACUGCCAAAUCUUGUAUGUGCAGGGUUUCUAGCCUUUUCCGUCGCUUUUGCCUUCUUCUUCCUCGUCGAGACGCAUCCCAGCUUGCAACCUUGCGAGAAACAAAGUGAAUCUUACCCUAGUUCUGCUGCGAGACCGCUGAUUCCUGCAUCGGGCGCUGUCAACAACCCAGCGGCUGACUUGUCUGCGGAGAGCUAUGGUACCUUUGACUCAGUCACCAUCACCCAAAGCCAGCAGCAAAAGUCGGCAACGGCACACACGAGCAACAGUACUUCGUCCACUCCUGAUGAGCAGACUGUGUUCACGAGGAACGUUGUCAUGCUGACCGUGGCACUGGCCAUCUUCACAUAUCAUUCAAUGACGUUUGAUACGUUGAUGCCCAUCUUUUUCCAGGAUGAGCGUCAAGAACCAGCGUCGAGGCUGUCAGGCGGUCUUGGACUGUCCACGCAGGAUGUUGGCGUCAUCAUGAGCGUCAACGGCAUCAUUGCUCUCUUCAUCCAAGGUGUCGUCUUUCCAUACUUGGCGACCUGGAUCGGAAUAUGGCCCCUGACAGUCCUCGUCACCGUUGCUCACCCUUUGGCCUAUGUCGUCAUGCCGUUCUUGAUCUUGGUUCCCAAGAGGUGGAUCCAUCUAUGGAUCUACGGUGCACUUUCUCUGCGAAACUUCUUCGCAAUUCUAGUGUACCCUUUGCUGCUCAUCUUGAUCAAGCAAGCGGCACCGACUGCCCAUCUCGGCAAGAUCAAUGGUCUGGCAGCGUCUGCAGGUGGCGUGGCACGCAUGCUUGCCAGUCCAAUAUCAGGCUUCUUCUAUGGCGUCGGCAGUCGGGUGCAUUUUGCCGGCGUUUCUUGGUGGACCUCUGCGCUGGUCGCUCUUGUGGGCUCAGUGCAGAUCUUCUUCGUGGGCAGGCGAAGAAAUGAUGCUGCUCAUGUGAGAACCGUAGUAGCGUGGUCGGAAAAUCACGGACAGGCCGACUGAAGUUCCUCUUAUCAAGGUUAGCAUUGGCGACACGGAGUGAGUAUGUUCGCACUGGAUUUGGGUUUGUGAAACUGGUGUUCCCGGUAUGGCUGAGCAUGGACGAGGAAGACAACAGACGACAAGUAUUAUUUGGCACGGAUAAACGCGUGGAUACGCAGGUCACGAUAUAAAGGUCAACGAUUUCCCUCUCUUGCUCGGAGUUUGGAAGACUGGCAUAAAUAUAUAUGUAUAUAUAAUACACCGUUUAGGGGUUCAAUUUAGAGCAAACCUUGGAUCAGAAAUUGCACC